GAUUUUGGAAACACAUUUUGUCUUCUGGACUACAACUCCCAUCUUCUUCCAGGGGCUCGUUAGGCUUUGGCGAACUGCGGCCUAACUCCUUAUCUGACUUUUAUCUGAUCCUUUUUCUAAUCUUCCCGAUGGGAGAAUUUAUCCAGCGCGGAAAAAGUUAUAUUUUUCUUAAAUACUACCACUCCCAGAAUCCCCAGCCAGCAGGGCCAUUGACAGGGUUGAUGGGAGUUGCAGUCUGAACAAAAAGAAAAAAAAUAAUUAACGUGCCCAAACCGUUGGAGGGACGUAUAAAGAUCUUGGGAGACCUUUUCUUUUGGGACUACAAUACCGGUGGUCUCGCUGGCUGGGGAUUCUGGGAGUUGUAGUAGGGGAAUAAAGAAGAGCAAAGGCAGCUCCUCUGCAGAGCCAUUUCCUUCUCUUUCCCUGGCAGAGGAACGCCGUCCCUUUUCUCCUCUUGGCUUUGCUCCUCCUCGAGAUCUGAAAAAUGGCAGAGAGAAGCAAUGAAAGAGAAGGAUAUCAAGUGCCAGAGGAAAGGAACACAUGUUCAGAUGUGGAAGAGGAUGUUGAGAAUCAAGACAGAAUGAAACAGCUGGGAGGAAAAGAAGUGGAUGAGAAGAUGGACAAACCUAUUGCUCAUUCAGAGGAAGUCCAGUUUUAUCAGAAAACAUCCAGAGAGCGAAGCCAUGAGUGCCCCGAGUGCGGGAAAACCUUUGCUCACGCGUCAACGCUCAGUUGCCAUAGGAAACUUCACAAAGGAGAGAAACUGUUCACGUGCCUGGAAUGUGGAAAAAAUUUUGCUCAGUCUGCAAACCUUGCUACGCACCUCAGGUCCCACACAGGGGAGAAGCCCUUUGAAUGCCUGCAGUGCGGAAAGAGUUUCAGUCAACGUGCCCACCUCACGAAGCAUCACAGAGCCCACACAGGCGAGAAACCAUAUAAAUGCCUGGAGUGUGGUAAGAGUUUCAGUCAACGUGCCCACCUUGCUACCCACCAUAGGAUCCAUGGAGGCGAAAAGCCCUUUGAAUGCCUGGAGUGUGGGAAAAGUUUUGGGCUGAGGGCGCAUCUCAAAAAUCACGGAAGGAUCCACUCGGGAGAGAAGCCAUUUCAGUGUCUGGAGUGCGGAAAAAGCUUCAGUGAUCAUGGAGACCUUGCUAGACAUCACAGGACCCACACCGGCGAAAAGCCCUUUGAAUGCUUGGAGUGUGGCAAAACCUUUCGAUUAAGAGCACAUCUUAUAACCCACGAACGAAUUCACUCAGGGGAGAAGCCCUUUACAUGCCUGGAGUGUGGAAAGAGUUUCAGUCAGUCUGGAAGUUUUACAAGACAUCACAGGACCCACACAGGCGAGAAGCCCUUUGAAUGCCUAGAAUGUGGCAGAACCUUUAGAGUGAGAGCAGAUCUUACAUCCCAUGAAAGAAUUCACUCAGGAGAGAAGCCCUUUGAAUGUCUGGAGUGUGGGAAAUGCUUCAGUCGACGUGCAAACCUUGCUAGACACCUAAGUACCCACACACGUAAGAAGCCUUUUGAAUGUUAGGAGCGCAGAGGGGCCUCCCACCCCAGUGGAGACCAUGUUUCACAGUGUACAGUGCACAUAAUGGAGAAACCGUUUGAAUUCAAGGAAAAUGACAAAGCCUUUAGAUGGGGGAAAAUUUCCUCAUUAGCCAUCAAACCAGAUGUACAGAAAAGAAGCCAUUUGAAUGCCUGGAGUGUGGGACAACCUUUAGACCCAGAGAACAUCUUCUUUAGUCAUUAAGUCGUGUCCAGCUCUUCGUGACCCCAUGGAUCAGGGCAUGCCAGGCCCUCCUGUC